CGAGUCAUGAGUUGUGUAUUAUAUUAUGUGAAUAUAUAUGUAAGUUGUACUGUGUGAGAUAUCGAGUUUCAUGGAUAAUGGUGGGGAUUAAACCUGAAUGAUCCAUAGAAUUGUUAUGUGGUAAGCAACGGCGACGGCGUUAGCUUGGACAGUGGGAACGAUAUUGGCAGUGGGGGUUGCUGCUUCGGAAAUGGCCGCGGGAAAGUAGAGAGCGGUAAGCAUUUAUUUUUUCUCUUGCAUACUCCUCGUGAGCGGACGAAACACCGUGGAUUUCGCCGGGAUGCUGCUGCUGCGGUGGCAGUUGUGAGACGCGGAAAGAAAGAGAGAAAGAGAUCCAGGGUGCAGCGGGAUUUGUAUGUUACGAAAAAAUUCACAUCAAGUUAUGGCCGGUGACAGUGCGACUAACAAUGAGAUAGGAGAGGGAGAUGAUCACGGUGCAUCAGCAAGGGGGGAACCGCAUUCCAGAGUGGGCGGCAUUCUGGAAUGUGUUCCCCUCGGUAACAGGAAUUUGCUAAGCGACCAGGCUAGCGAGAACACCGAUGGUGUUUGCCGCUAUGGUGUGAGUACUGCCAACGGCGGUAUGUCUUUUAUCGAAAUUUGCCAGAUUCGACUGCAGCAUCUUUUUCCUCAACUUGCUCCACCCUCUAGAUAUUCCAUCUGUGAUGACUCCGUAGAACUGACAGCUGAGUGUCUCGCCAAUGACGUCAUUAGGUACCUGCUUAAAGAGGAUAUGUAUCUCAUAUCGAGAGACUCAAUAUCUCGCAGUAUGCGUCACAAUGUGUAUCAAAUGUUAAACAAACAUAGCAUUUUAUUUACCAGUAUGGUAAACCGCUUGAAUGUCGUACCUGAUACUGCGUACGAAGCUUUCACUGGUGUAGCUGAUGAAUUGUUUCUACAUGGUGGAAUAACCUGGGCCAAAAUUGUUUGUUUAUAUGCUUUUAUGGGAAGACUGGCUCUUUGGGCAAGAGAUGGAAGAAUGCAUGCUCUCAAAAAAAAACUACCCUUAUAUGUCGCAAGAUAUGUUGGAGAAGAAAUUGCACAUUUUAUCAAAGGAUAUGGUGGUUGGGAACAGUUAUGUAUAGAAUAUCCUGUUGCUGAGGAAGUUAGUGGAGCAGUUUGGAGAAGUCUUUUAAUGACUGGUGCAACUCUUAGUCUGGUCGCUACAAUCUUAACCGUGACAUCUUAAAGAUCUUUCUCAUCAC